AUGGGGUAUGUAAACUUGGAGAAGAAGAAAUGGGUAUUCUCAUUUGCGAUCACAUCUCUUGUCUGCAUUUACCUCAUCGCAACUUCCUUCAACAUGGGUCUAAUGUCUUCACUUAGACCACUAGACAACGAAACAUUCUCUCGUUUCCUCACAAAUGAUUCUGAUUCCAAAGUUUCAUCUCAACAACCUAAUGAAGAAGAAGAAGAAGACAAGCUUCCACGUUUCGCUUACCUCGUUUCAGGAUCUAAAGGAGAUCUUGAAAGCCUUUGGAGAACUCUUAGAGCAUUGUACCAUCCAAGAAACCAAUACAUUGUUCACUUGGAUCUUGAAUCUCCCGUUGAAGAGAGACUAGAGCUUGCUUCUCGAAUUGAUAACGAUUCUAUGUAUUCAAAAGUUGGUAAUGUCUAUAUGAUAACCAAAGCUAAUCUUGUGACCUAUACCGGACCAACAAUGGUGUCGAAUACACUUCACGCUUGUGCGAUUCUUCUUAAGAGAAGUCCUGAUUGGGAUUGGUUUAUCAAUCUCAGUGCUUCUGAUUAUCCCCUUGUGACUCAAGAUGAUCUGAUUCAUACGUUUUCAACUUUGGACCGGAACCUCAACUUUAUCGAACACACAUCUGAGUUAGGUUGGAAAAACGAGAAACGUGCAAUGCCAUUGAUGAUUGAUCCUGCUCUCUACAUGUUAAAUAAAUCAGACAUUUUGUGGGUCAGACCUGGUCGAAGUUUACCAGCUGCGUUUAAGUUAUUUACCGGAUCAGCUUGGAUGGUUCUAUCUCAUUCAUUAGUUGAGUACAUCAUUUGGGGUUGGGACAAUUUACCAAGAACAUUACUCAUGUAUUAUGCCAAUUUCGUUUCUUCUCCUGAAGGUUACUUCCACACAGUCAUAUGUAACGUGCCCGAGUUCUCCAAAACCGCGGUGAACCAUGAUCUUCACUACAUCGCUUGGCACAGACCGCCGAGGCAGCAUCCUCGCUUGCUGUCCGUAGGAGACAUGGGACCGAUGAUUGCGAGCGGUGCUGCGUUCGGUCGGAAAUUCAGAAGAAAUGACGUAGCUUUGGAUAAGAUCGACAAGGAACUGCUUAUGCGGUCGUCGACGAGCGAAGGCGGCGGUUUUAUUCCCGGAGGAUGGUGCGGUGGGGAACCAGAGUGCUCGGUUGUCGAAGAUGUGGCUAGGAUCACACCUGGCUCAGGGGCUGAGAGGCUUAAAGGGCUUAUAGAUAGGUUAGUUACAGAGGCUAAAACAGGAAACAAUCAGUGUGAAUAG